GCUCAGAGCCUCGAUAUGGAAAGGAUGCGCAUCAUCCUUAGUUUUUUAAUCGCUUGAUACUUUUAUAAAUAACGAUAAAUUUAAAAAAUACGAAUAAUUAAUAUUAAAAACAAAUAAAAAUAAUAACAAUAUAUGUAAGUGUUGUUGCGCGACAAAAAUAACUGAGUGCGAAUUCAUUGUUAAGUUCAUAAAAAAUUAUUUAAAUCAGUUGGAAAUAAAAGCAAAACAGAAUUUGGCUUGGCAUUCAUUAAAUUUCUGCUCAUGCGUAUUUUCCCAAGUCUUUAACUGUAAAAGUGGCGCGUGCCGUCUUUAAUGUGAAAAUUUUGACGGAAAUAAAAUUGAAAAAAAAACAAAUCCUAUGACAGUGUUAUUUUUGUAUAUGUACAUAUGUAAUAUUUUGUUCAAAUAAGAUUACAAACGAAAUUGAAUACUUUGAACUUUUAUCACAAAUAUGAAUAAAAAUUUCAUGAUUUCGAGAUCACGUUGCAGUGUUAGUGUUUGAGGUUGAUUCCUUAUUAUCCCACGAGACAUCGAGGCUACAUAGAUUGAAAAUAGCUAGUGAAAAUUUGGCAAAAAAAUGCAAAAUUGGGACACCAUGCAGACUACCUCAGUCAACUACGAGCAACAUAACAAAUGGUACAAUAAUCUAUAUACUAAUGCAAGUAUCAAGACCGAGCCUGGGAGCGAAAGUCCAUCGUUGGAACAUCAGCUAAGGUCACCAGAGUCCAAUGCUGAUAUAUUAUCACAUUUAGAAAGUUAUUCGAAACAGCAUUCGCAAGCGUCUCAUCAAAUGUCUACAAUGGACUUGCUAUCAGCUAUGACACCGUCACCUAGCAACACAGACAGCAUGCAACAUAUAUUUGAUGGAAAUAUACAACAACAGCUGGUACAACAACAGAAGUACCAACAGCAUUUUCAACAAGCUCAGGAAGCUGCCGCACAGCAUCAGGCGACGUCUUCACAUUUACCGCUGGGUUUCAAUCCCCUUACGCCGCCAGGUCUACCUACGGCAGUUUUACCAUCAAUAUCGCAAUUUUUCCAUCAACAAUCACACAACACCAUACAAAAUGGACCACAAACACCAAGUCCUCAACCACUCAAAGCACAUAUGGUGACGCCUUUGAAUUCGAACGAGAAAUUGCAAGCGGCUUUAACGCCACGCAAUACCCCACCAAUGGAUAUAACUCCACCAAAAUCGCCAAAAAAUCAAACUACAGUAGAAAAAUGUAUUUCGUUAGAGAAAGAUCAAGAUGCGCAAUCAAAUUCUAGCGACGACAUAAAAUACAAUGGCGAGUCGGAGGAUGACGAAUCAAUUCGUUUACCUAUUUUCAAUUCUCAUGGUAAAAUGAAGAACUACAAGUGUAAGUCCUGUGGAGUAAUUUCGAUAACAAAAGUCAACUUUUGGGAUCAUGUGCGAACUCACAUGAAACCUGAAAAAAUUCUGCAAUGCCCCAAAUGCCCCUUUGUAACUGAGCUGAAACAUCACCUCGAAUAUCACUUACGCAAACACAAAAACCUGAAGCCAUUUCAAUGCGAUAAGUGCUCGUAUACUUGCGUCAAUAAGUCGAUGCUGAACUCUCACCGCAAGUCUCACUCUUCCGUCUAUCAGUAUCGUUGCUCGGACUGUGAUUAUGCCACCAAAUAUUGUCAUUCAUUUAAAUUACACCUACGUAAAUAUGACCACAAGCCGGGUUUGGUUUUAGAUGAAGAAGGCAUUCCAAAUCCAUCUGUUGUAAUCGACGUGUAUGGCACACGUCGUGGGCCUAAAUCAAAAAAUUCCACUGCAGUCAGUAAGCGGAGCAACAGUACUAAUAGCAAAAAUACCAAUGAACGGUCAACGGCAAAAUUAGGACAAAUUCCAAACAACGGCACAGAUUACAAAGCAUGUGCAUCUCAGCUUACAGCGGCUCUGCAGUCAUUCUCAAUACCGGCUCAUCAUCACCAUCAUCAGAUGCCUGUUUCUCCGGCAAAGAGCCCUAACACACUAUCAUCUGACUCGCCAGCGGUUUCACAUGGUUCUUCACAACAAAACCAACAAGAACAUAAGCCACAACAAUUGCAGACUGUAGUGCAAAAACAGUCACUGAAGUCAAACCAAACGGGUCAAAAUGUUCAAGCCACAACAGCCGAUUCUGCUAUUACAGACAUGGAGGCCAUGACAAAUAUAUUCCCGCCACUCGCUACUAUUUUUCAACAAAACACCAACACCAUGGCAUUGUUUCCGUACUGGAAUUUAAAUUUGCAAAUGCUGGCAGCCCAGCAACAAGCCGUGGUUCUUGCACAAAUGUCACCUAGCUCGAGAGAGAAAGCAUUACGACGGCUACAUAAUAUUCAUUCAAACAAAAGUGCUUAUGAUCCGAUAGAUGUGAAUGAUGAAGAUGAAGAAAGUGACAUCGAUCGGAAAUCAACAGAUUCAGCAAUGGAUCUUUCACAAGGUUCCCCCCUUAAAGACGACGCCGAUAUUCAAAAAACUCCAGCUUAUUUAAGGCUUCAAGAUGAAUCUAGCGAUACGCCGACUGUUAGUACUAACUGCGCUAUAAAGCGAAAGGGACGCGUAUUGAAACUUGACGCGAUUUUACAAGUGAAGUCUUCUUCACAGUCCCCUGAAGGAAAAGAAUCAAACGAUGAUCAAAUGGCAAACAAUAACGAACAAUCACCUCAUGUUCCAAUCCCCUCCACUUCUGAUACCACGACUACUCAACCAGAAGAGAGUUUAAAAGAAUGCGAUGAAGUCAUGAAUAAUGUGGUAUCAACGGUUAAGGAUACUGGCACUAGUUCCACAGCCUCAUCGUCUGGUAAUAGUUCAAAUAGCUCCGCAACUUCUUCAGCAACGACUACAAACGGUCCCUCUGCUCUUGGCGCUAUGUAUGAGUGCAAAUAUUGUGAUAUUUACUUCAAGGAUGCUGUACUCUAUACUAUUCACAUGGGCUAUCAUAGCUGUGAUGACGUCUUUAAAUGCAACAUGUGCGGCGAAAAAUGCGAUGGACCUGUUGGACUCUUUGUUCAUAUGGCACGAAACGCGCAUUCAUAAGUUGAGCGUUGCAAUAGGUGGCGAAUUUCAAUCUUGCUUACCAUGAUUGAUGUAAAAUUUGUAAAUAAUAUUGAAGUUUUAAUCGCAAAGUGUUAGUGAAAUGUAAAUGGCAGGGUUAUGAUAUUUUUAUGUAUUAUUUAUAGGUAAAAAAAAAACUUAAAUACCAAUCCUCCGGAAGCAUUUCUGACCUAGAUUUCGUAGAGUCCCUAAAACUCAUAACAAAAUAUAAAAAAUGUAUACAUAUUUCAAAUUAAAAUUAUAAAAUAUAAACAUUAAUGUGUAAUGGAAUAUUGUGCACAAUAUUCAUAUAUAUAUAUAUAUAUAACUAUUAUUUGCUUUAAGUAUAUAACUUAAUUUAAAAUUAUUCUUAUUUAUUACAUAUACAUUUUAUAAAUUAAUAAACACCACUGUAAAAUAUUACAAAAUUGGUUGCUUUCCUAGAUAGUUAUUGCGUUAGUCCUUUUAAUAAUUAUGGAAAUUUCGUCCCAAUACUCUCGAGAGAAUAUAGUCCCAGAAGCCAAAAACAGUUAUUGUUCAGCAAUUAAUUUAUAUAUUCCUAUAUUUAUGUAUCUGUUUAUUAAAUUUAGUACGAAAUUUGCUUGCAUUCAAGCGAAUUUCUUUUAUUUUUUUUUGUUGUUUAAUACAUAGUAAUAUGCAUGCAAAUACAUAUACGAGAUAUGUUAGUCAGUUACAUUUAGCCAUAUAUGUAUGUACAAGCAUGCUCAAAAUUGUAAACCACCACAUUAAUUUUCUCAAUAAAAACCAUUAAUUUAUUUAUAUG